AUGUCAAAAGAAGAGGAGGUGUUCAGGGAAUUUAUUUCAGAAAAACUAAGCAUGGAAAGUGGAAAUCUUAAAUUCAAGAGGGUCCACAGAAUAGGCAAGGCUCGGCAAAAUGAUGUAUGGAAUGUCGUCAAGGAGGGUGAUAAGGAUGUUGAUGAUAAUAAAGAUGAUGUCGUCAAAGGAGGAGAGGGUGAUAAGGAUGUUGAUGAUAAUAAAGAUGAUGUCGUCAAGGAGGGUGAUAAGGAUGUUGAUGAUAAUAAAGAUGAUGUCGUCAAGGAGGGUGAUAGGGAUGUUGAUGAUAAUAAAGAUGAUGAGGGUGAUAAGGAUGUUGAUGAUAAUAAAGAUGAUGUCGUCAAGGAGGGUGAUAGGGAUGUUGAUGAUAAUAAAGAUGAUGUCGUCAAGGAGGGUGAUAAGGAUGUUGAUGAUAAUAAAGAUGAUGUCGUCAAGGAGGGUGAUAGGGAUGUUGAUGAUAAUAAAGAUGAUGUCGUCAAGGAGGGUGAUAAGGAUGUUGAUGAUAAUAAAGAUGAUGUCGUCAAGGAGGUGAUAGGGAUGUUGGAGGAUAAUAAAGAUGAUGUCGUCAAGGAGGGUGAUAAGGAUGUUGAUGAUAAUAAAGAUGAUGUCGUCAAGGAGGGUGAUAGGGAUGAGGGUGAUAAGGAUGUUGAUGAUAAUAAAGAUGAUGUCGUCAAGGAGGGUGAUAAGGAUGUUGAUGAUAAUAAAGAUGAUGUCGUCAAGGAGGGUGAUAAGGAUGUUGAUGAUAAUAAAGAUGAUGUCGUCAAGGAGGGUGAUAAGGAUGUUGAUGAUAAUAAAGAUGAUGUCGUCAAGAAGAGGGUGAUAAGGAUGUUGAUGAUAAUAAAGAUGAUGUUGUGA